CGAGAGCACGUCAGGUCGUCAGGCACGUCAGGGUCCCGCUUCAUCGUCAUUGAGUCUUUUCACUCAGUCAGGCAGGACCCAUCUGCCUGUGCAUCAGCACCGGCAUAGGCGUCUCCGUGCCCCGGCUUAAAAAAGGGUUCCCGUCCAGAAAGUCUAGCACCUUCUAUGGGCUGAGAAGAGGCGACACAUGAGCCACCAGUGGCGGUGCGAAUGAAAAUUAACACACAGAAGUCUGGCCGCACUGUUAUCUCCAGGGCUUGGUAACCAAAUCCGAGGCAGCCUUACCGCUGGGAUAACAAGGCGCAUGCAAAGAGAGGCCACCGAUGCACGGUGCCAAUUAUAGUCCCCCGCCGAUUGACUCAGUGACCCAAGUCCAAGCCUAAACCCCUCCACCCAUUCCAUCACCAUCCCCAUAAAUUCUUUGUCGCCCAGAACUUCAGCUUGAUCUAUAUUCCAUUCUUACAUACUCAACAAAUAACACUUCUUCCACGUCGUCACAUCGAGUCAAACCUCGCUCUAAAACACACAUCUUCUUUCGACAAAACUUCAUAUCUUCAAAAUGGAUGACUGGGAUACCACCACCAAGAUUGGUAGCCGCACCCGUGGCUCCGGCGCUGCCCAGCGAGAGACUGUUGUUCGAGGAAAGGCUGCUCUGAACGCUGCCCAACGGGCUGGCGGCCUCACUACCGAGAAGAAGUACUCUUCUGCCAAUGCCGGUUCUGCACCAGAGGGUCAGCGUAUGACAAAAGUCGAUCGAUCCGACGACAUCAUCAAGCCCAACACCAUCGGCAAGACUGUUGGCGAUGUUAUCUCCAAGGCUCGUCAGCAAGUUGAGCCCAAGAUGACACAGAAGGAUCUUGCUACCCGAUGCAACACCACCCAGGCUAUCGUCGCCGACUUCGAGCGAGGCACUGCCGCCCCCGAUCAGAAGGUGCUCGGCGCCAUGGAGCGAGUGCUCAAUGUCAAGCUGCGAGGCAGCGACAUUGGCGCUCCCAAGUUCCCCAACAAGAAGAAAUGAGCAAUUGCGUCCAAUGCUUAGCCAAAAGAAAUUGUAAGAGGGCUUCAGAGCCGAGUCGAGCGUUAGCGAAUGAUGAUGACAUCUUGGUUGGGAAAUUCGGGAGUUUCGUGUGGGCCGUCAUGAUGCUUUAUGACAUGGGUACAUGAGACUUGUUCUCUUUUCAUCACGGGGCUUAGGAUUGACGGCAUAGAAAGAACGAAGGGCCCUUUUAUGAUAUGGAUGCUCUAGUCUCUGAACUUUUGAGCGAGGUAACACGCCUGCUCACCCGAAUAAAUUAUCCCCUUGUGCAUUCUGAGCCUGUUUUAGCAAUGCAUCCUGUUCCUGGGUGCGACCAACUAAGCAGGAUCUAGCAAUGUGGACUCCUAACUAGUAGGUAUCCCUACUAGUGUCUCGUGACGAUAUCAUGGAUGAUAUAUAUUUUGGAGAUUCAGCGUGUUGAGAACAUUCGAUGAUCAUUCGCCGCAUGGCUCGGUACUUUAGCCAAUGGACAAAAAGACGGUCUAUCUCGACAAAGUGGUCUUCGGAACCAUGCCAGAUCUUGCAAUAAUAGCUUACCCCAUAUCCAGGAAACACUCCUCGAUCAGAAGGUUAAGAAUUACAAGUCCACACACAAAUGGUUGUAUAUACCCUUGCCAGUGUUAAGUUUAAUUCUUUGCAGUAAAAGGUCCUGAUAUAUUUUGAUGGUCUUCGCCUUCCCGUUGAUGCUCUCC